UUCUAUUUCGACACUCCUUAUUGACGGGUUAGAUGCGAGGCUAGAGUACAAUUUUAGGUCACGUAAACAAAAAAAUGAAGCCCACCUUUUUCGCUUUAUUUGCGUUGGCAGUUUGCCAUGCAGUCAGCAUCCAAAGCCUGGCGCGUGGUCCUAUCAUCUGGCAGGAGGAGUUUGACACUCUUGACUACAGCAGAUGGAAACACUUGAUCACAGCAUGGCGAGGAGGUAAUAACGAAUUCCAGUACUAUGACAACCUACCAGAAAACAGUUAUGUCCGAGAUGGUAUUCUGUACAUUAAGCCAACGUUGACUGCCGACCGUUUUGGCGAGGAUUUUUUGUACAAUGGCGUGCUCGAUUUAAAUCAGGAGGGCUGCAACGUAAACAUUGAUGGCGGCUGCUACGUAGUGGCUGGUAAUGAAAUUAUCAACCCUGCCCAGUCUGCUCGUAUGGUGACAAGCGAUUCAUUCAGCUUCACCUAUGGAACGAUCGAAGUCAGGGCUAAAAUGCCGAAAGGAGAUUGGCUUUGGCCAGCUAUUUGGAUGCUUCCUACGGACGAGGUUUACGGCGGUUGGCCACGAUCGGGGGAAAUUGACAUUGUGGAAACAAGAGGAAACGCAGACUUUUCUUGCAAUGGAUAUCCAAUUGGGCGACAAUUGGCCGGUAGCACUUUGCAUUGGGGUCCUGAUCCUAGCCAAAACCGCUAUGACUUGACCCACUGGGAAAAGAUUAUUCAAGCUCCUGACUUUGCUUCCGACUUCCAUAUUUUCCGUGUCGAAUGGCUUCCAAAUGGUUUCCAAUUCUUCGUUGACAAUGAAAUGAUUGGUGAGAUGUAUCCCCCAGCAGGUGGUUUCUGGGAAUUGGGUGGAUUUAGAGGACAGAAUUUGUGGAGCUCCGGCACCGUCAUGGCACCUUUCGAUCAAAGAUUCCAUUUCUUGCUGAAUGUUGCUGUUGGCGGCAACUUCUUCCCCGAUGGCUGCCAAAAUGCGGUUUAUGACAAACCCUGGACUGCUUCCGAUCCCACUCAGAUGAAAACCUUCUGGGAAAGCCGCAACAGCUGGCUGCCUACAUGGAACGCAGCAACUGAAGACAAUACUAUGCAAGUUGACUACAUUCGCGUGUAUCAAUUAGGCUAAAGUUUGGGAAAAAACCAAAAAAUAUUUACAAUUGAUGAUUGAUCAAAUUAUUACAACCCAAGUGCUUUAAAUAUACAAGCAAAAUUAAAA